GUGCGCGCGCUCUGAUUGGCUCGUACGCCUCUGCGGGGGGCCUGAAUGUAAACGUGCAGGCGUGCUCGUCUUUACACAGUUUAAGUCAGAGACUCAGAUUUACUGUGCCGUGUUUUAUAGCUUCGUCCAUCAUGUCUUCAGACCUGACUACAGAGCUAGAGCAAGAGCUGGGUGACUUGUUGCAAGAGUUCCAGGAUAUGGUGGAGGUGCUCAAAGCCCCAUCUCAGGGCAGAGCCAACUCUUAUCAAUAUGUCCUGGAGGAGGCAAAGUGCAGGACUGGGCAGUGUGAUGACAGCGGAGUGGAAGACUAUGACAGCAGCAGCGAGGCGUCUUUGAGAAACAGUCUGAACAGCAGUGAGGAGGAGCUGCACACAGCAGGUCUAAUACACGCACCCAAAGCCAAGUUGGGAGACACAAGGGAGCUGGAGAGUUUUAUCGACGUGUUGGAUCGAGAACUUGCUGAAAUGUAAAAUGGACCAAGACGAGGCAUUUGAAUAAUGCCAAGACCAGGGGAGACCUGUAUGGCAGAGUCCAUGUGUCCAUUCACAAGAGCAACGCUUUUGCUCUCUGCUGCGCAAGAUGUUGACCUCAUUCACAUAAGAAAAAUAGGACAUUGCAUUUAAAGAACCUGCAAACUCAGUGUAUUUAAAGAACCUGCAGACAGCCUAGUGCCUACUGUCUGGUCUUAUGAAAAAAGAGAAAAAAACAGAAAUAUUUUAAUUUAGUUUCAAAAGGCUUUCAGUUUUCAUUUUGAUUAUUUUUUUCUGCCCCAUGGGUUCAGGUGUAUAUUUUUUACAAUAGUUCUUCCAUUUUAUAUAUAUAAAUAUGUGAAUAAGUGUGAAGUUGUACAGUUCUUGUUCUUUGCUCAGCAAAUAAAAAUAUUUUUGAUUGA